ACGGGUAGAGUGUGGUGUAGUGUUUAUGGUUAAAUUGUAAAUAGAUAUUUUCUUUAAUAAUGGCAAAUUUCACUGACGAUUUGUUCGAUGUUUUCGAAGAAACAGAGGAAAUAAGAGUAGUAAGGCUCAGUCCAGUUAAGCAAAGCGCUUUAAGUACAUCUUUAGAUAAAGAUAAUGCCGAUGCAGAAGGUGGAACGAAACGGGGAUUGCAAAAUGAUUCUGCCAAAAUAAUUGCGAAAAAAUUAAAGCCUGAUUCCUUGUUAGAAGACCUAAACAUAGAAGAUUUGGCUCCACGUAUCAAAAUACACACUAUAGAGACAAUUGAAUUAUGCACACAUGAAGUUGCUGUCCCACCGGAUUAUGAGUAUACCACAUUGAGAAAUAAACAAGGGAAAGCAGCUAAAACAUACAAAUUUGUACUGGAUCCUUUCCAGAAGGAAGCAAUAUUGUGCAUAGAAAACAAUCAAUCUGUUUUAGUCUCUGCCCAUACAUCGGCCGGUAAAACUGUUGUUGCAGAAUAUGCUAUAGCAUGUUCCUUAAGAGACAAGCAAAGAGUAAUUUAUACUACUCCUAUAAAGGCAUUGAGUAAUCAAAAAUACAGGGAGUUCUUUGAGGAGUUUAAGGAUGUUGGUUUGGUGACUGGUGAUGUUACUAUUAAUCCUACAGCCAGUGUGUUAAUUAUGACUACUGAAAUUUUAAGAAAUAUGCUUUACAGAGGAUCUGAGGUAAUGCGUGAAGUUGGUUGGGUGAUUUUUGACGAAAUUCAUUAUAUGCGUGACAAAGAAAGAGGUGUAGUGUGGGAAGAAACAUUAAUAUUAUUACCAGACAAUGUGCAUUACGUAUUUCUUUCUGCUACUAUACCCAAUGCAAGACAGUUUGUAGAGUGGGUCGCACAUUUACAUAAACAACCGUGUCAUGUUGUUUACACAGACUAUAGACCGACACCGUUACAACAUUACAUAUUUCCCGUUGGCGGGGACGGAAUUCAUUUGGUUGUAGAUGAAUUGGGACAAUUUAAAGAAGACAAUUUCAACAGAGCAAUAGCUUGCUUGCAACACAGCGAUGCAGCUAAAGGAGACACGAAAGGACGGAAAGGGGGUCUUCGAGCAACGAAUGCUGGACAGACAAAUAUUUUCAAAAUGGUUAAAAUGAUUAUGGAAAGGAAUUUUGCUCCUGUAAUUAUAUUCAGUUUCUCAAAGAAAGACUGUGAGAUCUACGCAAUGCAACUGGCCAAACUAGAUUUGAACACAAUAGAAGAGAAAAAGUUGGUGGACGAAGUAUUCAACAAUGCUAUGGAUGUUCUUAGUGAAGAGGAUAGACGUUUACCACAAGUGGAGAAUGUCUUGCCACUACUGAAACGUGGAAUAGGAAUCCAUCAUGGUGGACUUCUACCUAUUCUGAAAGAAACUGUGGAGAUAUUGUUCGGCGAAGGUUUAAUAAAAGCACUUUUCGCAACUGAAACUUUUGCAAUGGGCUUGAACAUGCCAGCGCGAACAGUAUUAUUCACUGCAUCCCGAAAAUUCGAUGGUAAAGACUUCCGUUGGAUUACUUCCGGAGAGUAUAUACAAAUGGCUGGUCGAGCGGGUAGGAGAGGCUUGGACGAAAAAGGAAUAGUAAUAAUAAUGAUUGACGAACAAGUUAGUCCCGUUGUCGGUAAAGCGAUUGUACAAGGAAGACCAGAUCCUAUCAAUUCAGCAUUCCAUUUAACUUACAAUAUGGUGCUGAAUCUUCUAAGAGUCGAAGAAAUUAAUCCAGAAUACAUGCUUGAGAGGAGUUUCUAUCAAUUUCAAAAUCAAGCAUCUAUUCCUGACUUAUACAACAAGGUGAAAGAACUGCAAGCAACAUAUAACGCAGUGAAUAUUGAAAAGUAUAGUCAAAUAUCAUCUUACCAUGACAUACGUGAACAACUUGAACGCCUAACUACUGAAUUUCGAUCUUUCUUGACGAAACCAGAGUACUUACUACCUUUCCUACAGCCUGGAAGGCUGGUGAAAGUGAAAAAUGAAAAUGAAAUGUUUGAUUGGGGUAUUAUUGUAAACUUCAAGAAAAAGAAUCCGAAGAAUCCAACAAAGGAAAGCACCAUUAUUAUCAUUGACAUUUUACUUCAUAUUUCUAAAGAAUCCAGCGAAGGGUGUCCUGUACCUUGUCGAGAAGGGGAAGAGGGUGAGGUUGAAGUGGUGCCUGUCUUGCAUACAUUAAUUUCUCAAAUAAGUUCUCUUAGGUUGUACUAUCCAAAAGAUCUAAGACCAUCAGAUAACCGGAAAAGUGUACUGAAAACAAUACAGGAAGUUAAGAAAAGAUUUCCCGAUGGACCACCCCUACUCAAUCCUAUUACAGACAUGCACAUAGAAGAUGAAGCAUUUAAGGAUAUUGUUAAGAAAAUUGAAGUCCUUGAAGAGAGACUAUAUGGUCAUCCACUGCAUAAGGAUCCCAAUAUUAAUACACUAUACGAACAAUUUAUGCACAAAGAGGAUUUGGGUAAUCAAUUGAAACAGGCCAAAGUAGAAUUGAAACGAGCCAAAUCGAUACUUCAAAUGGACGAAUUGAAAUGUAGAAAAAGGGUAUUACGAAGAUUGGCCUAUUGUACGGCGUCUGAUGUUAUAGAAUUAAAGGGCCGAGUGGCUUGCGAACUUAAUGGUGCCGAUGAAUUGUUAAUGACAGAAAUGAUUUUUAAUGGAUUGUUCAACUCGCUAAGUGUACCACAGAUGGUCGCGUUAAUCAGUUGUUUCGUUUGCGAUGAUAAAUCAAACGAAAUGCCUAAGAGUACCGAGGAAUUGAGUGGUCCGCUCAGACAAAUGCAAGAUUUGGCUCGGAGAAUAGCAAAGGUAUCCACAGAAGCUAAUCUAGAGUUGGAUGAGGACGCAUACGCGGAAAGAUUUAAACCGUACCUAAUGGACGUAGUAUAUGCUUGGAGUAAAGGGGCUACUUUCUUACAAAUUUGUAAAAUGACAGAUAUAUUUGAAGGUUCAAUUAUACGAUGCAUGCGUCGUUUAGAGGAAGUUCUUAGGCAAUUGUGUCAAGCAGCGAAGAACAUUGGAAAUACGGACUUAGAGAAUAAAUUUAGUGAAGCGAUUAAACUUAUAAAACGUGAUAUUGUCUUCGCUUCGUCUUUAUAUUUAUAAUAAAAUUCUUAGAAAGAGUGCUAUUAUUUAAAAU